ACACACAGUGACACGGGCUCAAGGGGAAACCUGAUGAAUCAGACGACUUUUUUUGUUGUUGGUAACCGGGUUUCAGCUGGGUCCAUGCAGGCUGCGCCGCGCACGCCGCGUCCAUUCACGCUCGGUUGCUAACAUCCAACUUCUCGGUUGCAAAUCUUGUCCGUGGCCACGCUCAACUUUGACCAAAGUCAACAGGACAAGUUUUUCUAUCUCACCAUGGCGAAUAUGACCGCCUUACCACCCCAACCUCGCAAAUCCAACAUGACCUUCUGGUCCCGUCACAGUCCAGUCAUGAUGUCCUGGGGAGAUACUGACCACUGGUCAAAGAUGAAACACAAGGCAACAACAUUCACCGUGUCCAUGCCAGGUCUAAACAUCAUAGACUACAAGGAUCCCAGAAAAGAAAUUUGCCGCCCCCACCAGAGACCCCACAAAGGUUCACAGAGAGAUUGUUCAGAGCAAGCACUUACAAUGGCAGAAAACCCGCACCACCACGGCAACUUCCACUACCGCGAGGGAAAAGUCUCCAGACUACCUCCUCGGGACUUCAGCGGCCUGAUCGUCCAGGAGCUUCACGGGAACAUCCCCGGGGAGUACUUCGCCCGUCAGCAGCAGCAGGAGCGCGCCAAGUCCAGCCCGGCGUCCCGAUGGGCUCUCCACCGCAACACCUACAACGAGAGGGCGCGGGAGGGCUUCAAGUACUGGCAACUGGACAGGCCCAAGCCCACAAAGUGUAAGGUUGACUAUUCCGAGAUGUGGGGCAAGGAUACACUGAAGAGGUUUAAAUACAGAGGGAGUGGCAAUUGUUACUCCUUCACCCUCAUGGACAAGUAUAUCUAGAUGGGAGAUACGGCAUGGGGUCAAAGGGCACGGUGCUCGGGUUGGGCAAUGGACCGAGGACAUAGAGCAAUCUUAUGGGUAGAGAUGAUGCACUGAUCAACGUAAACCAGGGGGUGGUUUACAGGGGCAUGGCUUGGGGGUUAUCUUAACUGCUAACAACAUUUUGCACAGAUCUGUAGUUUUGUUACAACAUACAGAAACACUGGGUCCAUCCUUGUUUUAAACUCACUGACUAUGCAAUAGUGUUCAUUGGUCCAGCAAUCAAGGGUUAACCCCCCCCCCCCAAGUAUGCCCGUGUAUCCCCCUCAAGGUUUUCAUCGAAAGGUGUAUAUGACCAACAAGCACGUAGACAUAAUGUGUUAACCUGGUACCCAGCCUUGCCUUGUUCUAGCUUAGGGAGAGACCCUUGAAAGGGGACCAGAGCUGAACAAGGCCUGGUUACCAAGCUAGUGUGAUGUAACGUUACAUGAACCAAUGAAAACUCUGUGUGUUCUAUAAGCAAACUACACUGGUUGGAGUGACAUCCUUGUUUGACUGCAUUUGCUGCUAUGAUAUGUUUGUUUCCUUCCGUUUCAAAUUUGUUUAUAUUUUCGUUAUUUUCUGUUUUACGAUAUCAAAUGCUGCUAUCUACACUCAUCAUUCUCGUCUGUUUUUAUGUAGUUUUUACUUAGUAGUUUUAUGCUACACCUAUGACCUUAUAACAUGGGUAGGUGAUCUGUUGUUAGUAUCUGGUUUUGGAUGUGACAUUUAAACAAAGUCACACUUGCAGUUGCCAAACUGAGAUUAUAUUGUACAUAAGUUUUAUAUGUAUGUACCUAUGUAUGUAUGUAUGUAUGUAUGUAUGUA